AGGAGCUUAAAACCAGGAGCUCAAAUAUAGGGCCCCCCCAGUCGCCUGUUGCCUGCCUGCCUGCCCUCUGCCCUCACUGUCCGCAGAAUCUCCCGCCAGCCGCAAAGAUGGAGGCCAUCAAGAAAAAGAUGCAGAUGUUGAAGCUGGACAAGGAGAACGCCAUCGACCGAGCGGAGCAAGCCGAGGCGGACAAGAAGGCAGCGGAGGACAAGUGUAAACAGGUGAGGGGGCAGAAGAUGGGGGGCAAGAGGCUUGAGGGGGCAUGUGGGGGGAGAGGUGGGGGCAAGCUGCCCCACUGGGAGGUUUAAUACAUACAUUCAUCGUCACUGCUGCUGCUAGCAUCGCUUUUAUUUUGAUUAUGCGCUCCGUAGAUUGAUGCGGAAUGAAUCUUUAUUGCUAAAAAGCUACAACCAGGCACAUCCAAGAGGCAGGUCGUGAUCUACUGGUAGAUCACUGGACUUCUGUGGUAGAUCACUGGUAGAUCACUGGUCCCCCCCCUCAAGAAGCUGAACAAGUUUGGCUUCCAAAAAGCUCAACAUUUUUGCCCCGGACCCCUGAAAAACGUGGCUUUCCCUUCCCUAAGAAAAAGCUCAACCACUUCAACCUGAACCCCCGCAAAACGGGCCUUCUCUUUCUUAAGAAAAAGCAAAAAUAGCUCAUCAAUUUUUACCUGAACCCCACAAAAGGGAGUAGAUCACUGCCAGUUUUUAACUCUGUGAGCAGAUCGCUGUCUCUUGGAAGCUGGCCACCCCUGCUAUAAGCCACCGCAAUCGGUCACAACAAGUAGGAUGCAAAUAAUUAAUUUAAAACUGGAACAACAACAGCAAACAUGCAAAAAUGCAAAAAAAUCACUCUUGUGUAAGUUAAGCACUCCACUUCUCACACAGACACCCCUUAUGGUACUUGCCUUGGUGCCCAGCUCUCAACUUACUUGCAGCCGAGGCAAAUUUUGCAACCUGUGCAAAAUAAUAAAGACAGCCAGCGAAUUAGAGAUUUGCUGAAGGGGAGGUCGGUUAGGGAGAGAGCCAAGGACAUAAUCGAGGAAUUUUUUUGUCUAGGGGGUGUAUAUAAAUAUUUAUAUUCUGGUUUUAUCCUGUGAACUGGCCUGAGACCUUGCGGCUAUAGAGAGGUAUAUAUAGUCAACAAAUAAAUUAUGCCCAUUCUACAGACCGUGUCACUGAGGCACAAACUGCUAGGAGUCUCCAGAAGCAGCUCCUGCUGUCUUCUAGGGGGCUUACUCUCAGGUAAGGCCCUGCUGGGAUGAAACGGGGCCUGUUCGCUGCUCCAAGACACAGGAUCUGGUCUGCAGGAACUCUCCAAAGCUGCUUCUCCUUCUUUUUAUCCUUUUUUUUUUGAGUCCGGACAAACAUAGCAGAGGCAGCCCAGUGAUCUCACUGGUUCCCCCGAAUUUCCCCAAACAAGAGUGAGGUUGGUGGGAGGCUGGCUGCUUCCCUUCCUCAUAUUUCCCAUGAAGAACAGAUGAGCUCAUGGCUGGAUGUGAUGGGCAGGAUUAAGAGGCAUUUAUUUGCAGCUCUCCGCACCCGGGGAAAGAGCACGGACGGCUCGCUACCUGGGUUUAAGGCUGACCUUCUGGGAUGAGGUGCUGGCAAACUCUGGGUCCCAGGGGUCUCCCUCUCCCUCUCUUUCCCCAGCGGCAGUUUAAGCCGCUCCAGCUGGCACCAAAGACCCAGGCUCAGCUGUCUCUCAGCCGCAGCCCCCCAAACCCAAAGCGGGGAGCGGCCCAGUGACACACUGAGCAACCGUAACACCUGUCAAACAUAGGAGAAAAAAUUAUCCGAUGAAAAUAGGGACGUCCUAUUCCAUCCCCUCCAACGUUUCUCCCGUGAAAAGAGGGACGUCCUAUUCCAUCCCCUCCAACAUUUCUCCCCUGAAAAUAGGGACGUCCUAUUCCAUCCCCUCCAACGUUUCUCCCCUGAAAAUAGGGACGUCCUAUUCCAUCCCCUCCAAUGUUUCUCCCGUGAAAAUAGGGAUGUCCUAUUCCAUCCCCUCCAACGUUUCUCCCCUGAAAAUAGGGACGUCCUAAGGAAAAGCGGGAUAUUCUGGAAUCAGAUCAGAAACCGGGGCGGCUUCUGUAAAUCUGGGGCUGUCCCUGGAAAAUAGGGGCACUUGGAGGGUCUGCGGAAGGAAAGGGGCCAUUAAGGUGUUGGCUCAAGGCCAGGUGAGUGGGGAAGGGGACGAGUGAGCAGUGGCGUAGCGUGGGGGGCCGGCCGCACCAGGCGCAACAUCUGGAGGUUAGGGGGCGCAAAUCCACGGGUUAGGGGGCGCAAAUUACUUGCCUUGCCCCGGGUGCUGACAACCACGCUACGCCACUGUGAGUGAGAAGUAGCCUCAGGCUCCCCACCCCCACCCCGAAAAGAACACACUGCGAAGGGCAGAACAGGGAGUUCGUUCCCACAGCCAGAUAACUUUAUCGCUGGCCGGCCGCAAGAUAAGGGGAGUGUUCAUCAGAACCAGGGAAACUGGCACCCAGCGCUGGCCUGGAAUGAUAUAAAUAGCUGCUUUGAGAAAGCAGGAUGGAUUUAUAUGGGAAGGUGGAGAGAGAGAGAGAGAGAGAGAGAGAGAGAGAGAGAGAGAUAAGGCUCCAGCAUACAUUUUUUGGCUGCUCGGCCUAAGGAGCAAAGGGAUGGUUUUCCAUAAGUGGUUGCAAGAGGGUCACUGACCAGCCCCUCCCAAAAAAAGUGCAUCACAAUUUAAUGUUCAAAUAAAACGCUGUUCUCUGACCCAACCAAUUAAAUCUGCCUUGUUGUGGUUUUUCCUCUUGAUGUUUCCUUCUCCCUUGUGGAAGCAAGGAGCGCAACAUUAAAAAGAUUCCUGGUGGAUCGCGAUUCUCCACUGCAGGCCUGCUUAGAUUUGAGUUGAAUGCACUAGGAAUUUUUUCUUGGGUUACUGUAAAGAAAAAACACCAAAUGAAAAAACCCAGAUUUAAAAAAUCAAAUUUUAAUCCUGAAAAAGAAGUCGCGUCCAGGGAAAAUAGGACAUAUGGCAACCCAAUGCCCUAUCUUCUUCUUCUCUGGCGAUCCCUCGUAGCUGAGUAAGAUUGUCUUCGAUAAAUACAGUUUUAACAAUGAGUCCGUAAGUGACUGUGGAGGCCAAUUCUGGAUCCACAUGUCCUUCCACAGUGGGGACAUUGGUUUCCGGGCAGGAGUUGAUCCCGGUGAGGGUUUGCCAAGUGCGCCUUCCUCUUAGCACGUUUCUCCCUCUCGUCCUGAGUUCGAGUGUCUUCAAAGCCCAGGACACCUUUGGUCAAGGCUGUUCUCCAACUGGAGCGCUCGCAGGCCAGUGUUUCCCAGUUGCCGGUGUUUAUACUACAGUUUAAAAGAUUUUCCUUGAGACAGUCUUUGAACCUCUUUUGUUGACCACCAGCAUUAAUCUUUCCAUUUUUAAGUUCAGAAUAGAGGAGUUGCUUUGGAAGACGAUCAUCAGGCUUCCACACAACAUGACCAGUCCAGCGAUGUUGCUUUGACACUGGCGAUCUUUGCUUCUUCCAGUAUACUGGUAUUCGUUCACCUGUCUUCCCAAGUGAUGUGUAUGUAAUAAUCUGCAAUAUUAUCUCUCCCUCUCUUUGGGCAGGUGGAGGAUGAACUGGUGUCUCUGCAGAAGAAGCUCAAAGGCACUGAAGACGAGCUCGACAAAUACUCCGAAGCCCUCAAGGAUGCUCAGGAGAAGCUGGAGAUGGCAGACAAGAAAGCCACGGAUGUACGUAGGCUGGCCAUGCCAAACUUGGGGCUGGGGGGGGGGUCCUCUGGGUUUUUUGGUCUACGAUUACCGUCAACUCCUGCAGUGGGCACGCCAAGGCAGCAGUACUUGGCCUGUAAGGUAAAGGUAAAGGGACCCCUGACCGUUAGGUCCAGUUGUGACCGACUCUGGCGCUCAUCUCGCUUUACUGGCCAAGGGAGCCGGCGUACAGCUUCUGGGUCAUGUGGCCAGCAUGACUAAGCCACUUCUGGAGAACCAGAGCAGUGCACGGAAACGCUGUUUACCUUCCCGCCGGAGCGGUACCUAUUUAUCUACUUGCACUUUGACGUGCUUUUGAACUGCUAGGUUGCCAGGAGCAGGGACCGAGCAACGGGAGCUCACCCCGUUGCGGGGAUUCGAACCGCCAACCUUCUGAUUGGCAAGUCCUAGGCUCUGUGGUUUAACCCACAGCGCCACCCACGUCCCUGCACUGGCUGCAAAAGCUGAUGGGUGCCAGUAGUGUAGAAAGCAGGGCCGUCUUUAGCUCACGCACCGCUGGGGUGGAAAUAUCUGCCCAGCACCCCCAAAUUUAGUUAAUUUCGGGUGCACGGCGCCGUUGAGAAUGACAAGUGCCGACAAGUGCGGUGCGUCUUUGGUAAAUGUGCGCAUAAAGUCGAAAGUUUUACAUCUUAUUCAAUUUUUUUGACUUCCAUCCAUCCUGUCUGAAAAUUUUCCAAUCUAAUCUCUCAGUAUGCAUUUCUUAUCUUCCCUAUUACAUUUCAAACUCAUAACCAAUAUCUCUAUCUUUUUCUACUUUGUAAUACUUCAUAUAUUUCUCCUUACAAAACUUCUUGCAGUCCUACUAGCGUGAUUUGUUGAUGACAGUUGCUUUUCAAAUAAUUCAUAUACCAUAUUUUUCACUCUAUAAGACGCACCAGACCUCCUCUGGAGGAGGAAAACAAGGAAAAAAAAAAUAUUCUGAAUCUCAGAAGCCAGAACAGCAAGAGGGAUCGCUGCGCAGCGAAAGCAGCAAUGCCUCUUGCUGUUCUGGCUUCUGGGAUAGCUGCGCAGCCUGCAUUCGCUCCAUAAGACGCACACACAUUUCCCCUUACUUUUUAGGAGGGAAAAGGUGAGUCUUAUAGAGCAAAAAAUACGGUACUUCUUCCAGUCUUCUGUAAAUCUCUGGUCCCGCAGCAGUAGGUAUACAUUUCGGUAAUACCUAGGUAUAUAUGUAUUUUGUUUUUCUAGCUUGAUCAAAAUGAUUAAUUAUUUCGUAACAGGUAGAUAGUUAAGCGCUUAGGCGGCUUCAGCAGCGGGCGCCUGGUGCCCCCCAGAAUUCGGCGCCGGGUGUCCCGCACCCCUUGGACCCCCGGGUAAAGAUGGCCCUGGAAGGAAGGCUAGGUGGGGGCGGGGGCGAUGGGGUGGCACUGGGGCUGUGGGUACCCCUCCCAAAGAAAGCUCAACCACUUUGGGCGGUUUCCCAAAGGAGGAGUAGGAAAGCCAAAAAGGCUUUGGACGAAAAAGAAUUCGACUAUGCCAGGGAUGGGGGCUGAGGAAGAAAUAUAAAGUGCCUGUUCAGGUUGGCGAAGACAUUUGGAGAGGAGGGGUGGCAGCUGGAAUAAAAGACUGGAUAAAAUUCUGGCUGCAAAGAUAAGAAACCAAGACGCAAGAGAAGCGUAGGGAGAAUUCGGGGAAUGUUUCGAGAAUUUCAGCAUCUAUCCCCGAAGAGGACCAGGCAGCUAAAUUAAGGAGGAGGAGUGGAAGGAUAUUUUGAACAACUCAAGAGUAAAGAGGAACCCUAGCGGAGAGAGAACCUCAGCUCCAGAUUUUUGAGGAUUUUUUUGGGGGGGGGAGCUACGCCCCUGGCCCCGGUGCGCCUCGCCUGGAGACCCAGAAAGAGCGCGUGGCUUCGGGCGCCUUUCCAAACCCCGAGGGAGGACUACCGCGGAAUUUUUUGGGUGGGUGGGGGCUUCUUGAAAAUAUGGGGGUGCCCGGCUCCCUCUAGACGCCCCCCGUGGCGAGCUACGUUGCCUUUAGCAGAGACACCUGCAGUCCAGGUGGGCAGAGAGGGGGCUCCGUCCAGGGUUGCUUCCCUCCGUCCAGGGGGGUCCCGUCUGAUCGCUUGGGGCUCCCUGUCCCCUGAGAAGGAGCAGCAGUACCGCAGCCCAGCCGGGAGGAAAAGCCUCUGCCCGCCCCGUCCCGGCUAGCGGACCUCGGAGGUGCCCUCCUCCUUUGCGCGCCACCCCGAGGGGGCUGUCCUCGGGGUUGUCCCAGCGGUGGCCACGUCACGAUGCGCCAGCGGUGCCGACGUCACGGCCCCUCCCCCGUCCCUUCCCUCCUCCUCCUCCUCCUCCCCUUCCUCCCGCCCGACGCCGCUGCGCCCUCGCCAACGCGCACCGGAGGAGCCGCGCCCUUUGCUUCUCUUUGCCGUCGCUGCCGUUGCCGCAUCCACGUGUGCCGCCGGGAUCCGACGGGAUGGCCGCCGCCACGGGCUCCCUGGAGGCGGUGAAGCGCAAGAUCCAAGCGCUGCAACAGGAGGCCGACGAGGCCGAGGACCGCGCCCAGAUCCUGCAGCGCCAGCGCGACCAGGAGCGCGAGCUGCGCGAGAAAGUGAGCGCCGUCGGAAGAGGAGCCUCGGCGGGGCGCGCGCAGCCGGCGCCGCCUCCGCCGCUUUGCGCCUCUCCACUUUGCGCCUUUCUCUCUCCGCUCUCCUCCUCCUCCUUCUUCUCUGCGCUCCUGCUGCCCCGGGACGCCCCGUCGGGGGAGAAGGGCGCGCCCGUUCCCCUCGCUUAGGAUCGCCUUCCGCCGGAGCCGGGAAAGGCUGAAGAGGCACCCCCCCCCCGGGAGGGAGCCCGGAGGAGAGCCCCCGCCGUCGAGGCUCCGCCCGACGCCUCUGCAAGAUGCUCCCCGGGGCUGCGCGCGCCUCCUCCCGGCUCCUUCUGCGCCUCCUUCCCGCUGCGCCUGGACGCCUGGAGACCCCAGGGCUGGACCUCGCUCCGACGGGACGGGACACCUCCAGCUUCUCCUCCUUCUCCGGCUUUUUCUCUCCUACCUGUCCUCACCUGGCGUCCUCUUCCUUCUCUUUCUGGGCCUUUUGGGGGCGGCCAGGUAGGAAGCAAGGGGAGCCCCCCUCACAAGGAGACCCGCUACUGCCAGAGCAAGCACUGGCCAUGGGUGCAAAUGUGGGGCGCUGGGGGAACCCUAAAACUUAAACCACCCCCCCUAUCCUCAGGAGCAUCCAGUGAGCCAGAGCUGGAGCGAUGGGGGGGGGGGGUGUUAAUCAGGUUUUUUCUGCCCCCUUGGCGUGUUCCAAACUGGCUCUUUGACCCGGGUGAAAUUAAGCCUCGUUUUGUCCUUGCAUCACCCAGUGGCUCACUCCCCCCUCUGUGUUUCCCCACAGGCAGAAGGGGAGGUGGCUUCCCUGAACCGCAGGAUCCAGCUGGUGGAAGAGGAAUUGGAUCGGGCCCAGGAGCGUCUGGCUACCGCGUUGCAGAAGCUGGAGGAAGCUGAAAAGGCGGCCGAUGAGAGCGAGAGGUACGUGGGGGGCGGCGUAAGGGGAUUGCAGAGGAAGGUUCGUAGCCCCACAGCAGCUGAGGCUGCCCAAAGUAGUAAUAAUGAUGAAGAUGAUAAUAAUAAUAAUAAUAAUAAUAAUUUUGUUAUCCGUACUCCGCCAUUCUGGGCGAUUUCCAACACGCAUAAAAACAUACACCAAGCAUCAAAAACUUCCCUAUACAGGGCUGCCUUCAGAUGUCUUCUAAAAGUUGACAUCUAGUGGGAGGGAGUUCCACAGGGCGGGCACCACCACUGAGAAGGCCCUCUGCCUGGUUCCCUGUAACCUCGCUUCUCGCAGGGAGGGAACCGCCAGAAGACCCUCGGAGCUGGACCUCAGGGUCUGGGCUGGAUGAUGGGGGUGGAGACACUCCUUCCAGUAUACCAGGCCGAGGCUGUUUAGGGCUUUCAAGGUCAGCACCAAAACUUUGAAUUGCGCUCAGAAAUGUCCUGGGAGCCAAUGAAGGUCUUUCAGGACCAGUGUUAUGUGGUCUCCACUCCCAGUCUGGCUGCCGCAUUCUGAAUUAGUUGCAGUUUCCGGGUCACUUUCAAAGGCAGCCCCAAGUAGAGCGCAUUGCAGUAGUCCAAGCGGGAGAUAACCAGAGCAGGCACCACUCUGGCCAGACAGUCCGCGCCCAGGGAGGGUCUCAGAUGAAGCUGGUAGACAGGCUUCCUUCUUGGUUGCAGAAUAGUGGGGGGGAGGCCAAGGAAGUCUUCCCUCCCACCUUUUUCACCUCCCAAAUUUAGGAUUCGUCCCCAGCCGCGACCGUUGGAACAAGUAGACCCCCAAAUUAGACGUCUCUCGGUUCCGUCACACGGGCUUGGCUUGGUCUCAUCCGAUAAGGCAAAACGCAGACCGACAAGGGCAUGAGCGUUGCUGGUGGGGAAGGACGGGUGUUUGGGAGUUCAGAACGGCUCCUCUUGUGUCUCCAGAGGCAUGAAGGUGAUUGAAAACAGAGCCAUGAAGGACGAGGAGAAGAUGGAAAUUCAGGAGCUUCAGCUGAAGGAAGCCAAACAUAUCGCAGAGGAGGCCGAUCGCAAGUACGAAGAGGUGAGUUGGGGGUUGCCCUGGGGGGACGUGGUGAUGGUGGGGGGCUGCACAGGGCCAGGUUUGGAGGAAGACCCCUCUAGCAGCAGCUAAAACGCCCCUUUGGCGUUCCUUGCUGCAGGCAAAAUGGACCUGAAUCGUUUUUUUAAAAAACCCAAUCAUUAUUAUUUUAAAAGCCAUUUUCAGAACGAAUUUUUAAGCAAAAAUGGCUUCAUCUUCUUUUUCAUCCAGUGAGGUUUAUUAUUGUAUGGGGGGGGGGACUUUCUGGGGUUUGUUUUUAGAAGCGAGUUCCUAAAUCUGUUCAGAUUUAAACAAGCGGAAAGCAUACAACGCUUUUGGGUUGAGACAAGAUUGCAAGGGCGCAGAACAGGAAACAUUAAAAAGCCCUGGAAGAAGAGACCAAGACGUGAUUGUAACAAGGUUUCCAACGUUAAGAGCAGGAAUCAAAACUUUAGUAGAGAGAAAACAACAGAUUUGAUUGUAUCAAUUAACGUUUCAGCAAAGCUUCUGCUGUAAUUAUACAGAAGAUUUGCCAUUCCAGCAGUGAUUUUCCUUCUCUGCCUUUCAAACUCAAGCCCCACAAAUAUCUCCCCGCCCUUUAAAAGUCAGUAUUUGAUACUCUUUAACUAGGAUAUAUGGAAACAAGGACGGGCUUAGCUGCAUGAAUGGAAAGCAGCGAUACCAAAUCUGAAGGUUGUUGCAAAAUAUAACUUCAACAGUACCUGAAUCGUUGCAUUUAAUAUAUUUUUUUGCAACCGCAGGGACUGGGAGAUAAAUCACUGGCUCUGCGAUUUGAGGAUUGCUCCUUGCAGAGCAAGCUGCGAUCGUUAGACCGAGAGAUAAAGUUGUGAGGUCACUUCCUGCAGCUUGGAGGGUUGCAUCCGGCCUGGAGGCCAGGGGCAGGUCACAGCACACACCCCCCCAAAAAAAAAUAUUGGCGGCUUCCUGUGUUCCUAUCUGGUUUUUGCAAAUCGUUUCUUUCACGCCACGUGAAGUCUAUGACCAGUGCUGGAUUUAUGUAUAACCUAAACAAGCUCUAGCUUAGGGCCCCACUCUCUUGGGCCCCCCCAAAAAAAUUAAAGGGGAAAAAAAACCUGGAUGUGCAUUUCCAAAAUAUAAGAUAAGAAAACAAAUAAAAUAAAGCCGACAUACAGCAACAGUGUUUCGUGUUGCGGAGGCUCCUAUUUGUGAUGUGCAAAUGGCUAGAGAUACCCAUGAGGUCCAUAAAUGACCAUAUAACAUCUAUUCAACACAAAAGAACAGCGACAAUUUGUUGCAGACAAAGGACAGCUGGACAUAGAAAGGGCCCCAUUACCUUCAGGAGCCGAGGGCCGCAUCCAACCGAAAUCUGGCCCUGGGUCUAUCCAUGUGAGUCACCAGAUGUUGUUGAACUACAACUCCCAUCACCCCUAGUUAGCAAGGGAUGGUGGGAGUUGUAGUCCAACAACAUCUGGGGACCCACAGGUUGAGAACCGCUGCCCUAGCUGGCAAGGUCAAGGAUUAUUAUGGGGUGUGUGUGUUACAGGCUGCCCCCCGAUUUCGUAAACUGGUAUCCCCCUCCAAUUCUGGGCUCCUUCUCUCCCACUUUCCCCUUUGCAACCGAUGGGCUCCUUGCAAAUUUUCAGAUUUUCUCCAGCUGGCUGCUUUGACAUUAGGAAGAAAUUCCUUUUGGAUGUUUCCUGCCCCUCUAUUUUUGGAGCCCUGCAAAGGCUCCCGAGGUUUCGUCUUCUCUGAUCCGUUACGCUUCCUGCAGGUUGCACGGAAACUGGUCAUUCUGGAGGGAGAACUGGAAAGAGCGGAGGAGCGAGCCGAGGUUUCUGAAUUGUGAGUAUCCCUUGACGCAUCUAAAUGGAGCUGGGAAGCCCCUCUGCCCCAGCAAGGCUGUUUGGGAAAGAGAUUUCUCUAGGGUUGCCAUUCAGUACUUGGGCGUGAUCUCAGUGGGCUGGGGGUUUUUUGGUGCCUCGUUGAUUUUAGUGGGACAUGGGGGGUUUCCACGGACUGGGGGAGCAGGAGGCUAAUAGGAAUUAGAAUCUGGGGGGCACUGAUUGCCCCCAUCUCUGCUCAGGGUCGUGACAACUGGACCUGAACUCACCACUUCAGCCCAGAGACUCUCUCGUUUGUGUGAAUAAAUAAGGAAGUUGGCUCGCCCAGCAAAGGCAGUGUUUAAAGUUUUUAUAUAUAUAUUUAAUUAUUCAUAAACCAACAAAAGAUAACAUUGUAAGUUCAGUAUUCUCAUAAAGACAAAUACAAUUAUUCAUACACCUCAUAAAGAAAAACAAACGUACUUAUAAGCAAAAAAGAAAAUUUCCCCUUACAUACAGUUGACUUCCCAUUCAUUCCAUAUUUCUUCAAAAUUAACAAAACUUGAUGAGUCAGUUUUUCUGUUAUUCAAUGUUGUUAUUUUUAUAAUGGUUAAGUUUUAAAAGUUAAGUUAUAAUAGUCAAGUUAGAUAUAUCAUAUAUAUAUCUAUAGGAUUAUAAAAAUAUAAACAUAAAACAAAGAAUAAUUCAAGAUCCAAAUGGUUGGGGUUAUUUCUUCCUUCCACCUCUGGGCUAAUAGCAUCCGUGUGGCUGUUGUCACAUACAUAAACACUCUUUUCUGGUCCUUUGGUAUCUCUGUACCUUUAAUUCCUAAGAAGAAGGCUUCUGGGUUUUUUAAACAAAAGUUAUUUUAAAUGUUUUUUUCAUUAUAUAACUUUAAAAAAACAACAACACCAAAAAAAGAAUUACAAAUAUCAAUUUCAAAAUCCAUAUUCGUUUUGUAACAUAACAUAACAACUAUUACAUAGUUGACUAAAUUAAAAUAUACCUAAUGGCUAUAGACUUCCCUUUACUGUAUAUUAAUGCAACACGAUUAGAAAUAAUAUAUUAGAAUUUUUUUAUAAAUUCUCCUAUACCCCCCACUCCCCUUCACCCAUGUGUGAUCUCAAUAUUUUUUUUACUUCUCCCAUCUUGUUGUUUUGUUGUAGUUUAAUAAUUAUUCAAUUGAUUCUUUUAUUAUUUCAUUGCUUACCUCUGCACGUUUUACGCAUUAUCUAUUAAUAUUCCAGUUCCGGAAGUAUAUUUUUUCAUGUAUAUCAUCUCUUAGAGAGAGUUUAAAGUCAUGGGGGCUCUUGAAUGCGUUGUUAAACAAAGGCGGGGCGUAACCCACUUGGGAGAGUAGAGGGACGACGACAAGUGCUGACCCCCAGGCCCUAUUUCCCCAUUCACUACAAGAAUUUGCUGAAAUGGUGCAGUUGACAAAUAGCCUGAGAGGCAAUUCAAAACAAAAAAUUAUGGAAAAGUGGGAUAGAUAUAAUAACAUAUAUGUUCAAAAAUACAGUAAAGGUUUGCUAUCUAUGCUAGCGUUCAAUUGACGUUGGAGAGAGACUGAGUUGAGAAAUAAGACCAAGGGUACAUAUUGAUAUAGGAAUGUAUUAGAUAAAAUGUAAAGAAAUAGACAGUAAUAAGAGUGCAUUCAUUUGUAAAAAAGGAAUAUACAACGGGAUAGACAGGAAGUCCAAAGUGUUGGUACUUGUAUGACUUUGGAAUAGUUUUUUGUCCUUGUUUCUUUUCUUUAGGUAUAUAAACUUGUAUACAUGCUGAAAAUUAUAUUAUAAUAAGCCUUGUGAUGUAAUAUGAUGGUGUUAAUAAAUAAAUAAAACAAAAGCAAAGGCAGGCGGGGAUGGGGAGCCCACCUGGGAGAGUGGGGGGUACAAUGGCAAGCGCUGACCCCCAGGCCCUAUUUCCCCCUCUGGCAGAAAAUGCAGUGACCUUGAAGAGGAGCUGAAGAACGUCACCAACAACCUCAAGUCGCUUGAAGCUCAGUCAGAGAAGGUUGGUAGCAGCCCUUGGCAGAGGUUGGGACUGAAGAGGCUGGCUUGGCAGGGAAGUGGGGGCUCCUCUCCCCAGCCCCCCAUCAAGCCCAGCCUUGUUUGGGGAGAGCAACCUUCUGCAGAGAAGCUGGGGAACAGCUUGAUCCUUGAGGCUUGCCUCUUUUGGCUCUUGAGGAGGACGCCCCGGGGUGCUGCCUGCCUCAGGGUGACUGGCAAGUGUGGGAAUCAGCGGCAGUCUCAACUGUUGCCCAGGAUUUCCUAGGAAUGAAGGAGCCUGUUUUUGCCCUGUUUUUGUAGUACUCUGAAAAAGAGGACAAGUACGAAGAGGAAAUCAAGGUUCUGACCGACAAGCUGAAGGAGGUGAGGUUCCUGGGUGGCCGAGUUGGUUUUGGGGUGCGUUGGGGUCCCUGCUCAGUGGUCACAGUUCCCUUUUCUUGACCCUCUCCGUGUCUCUAGGCUGAAACGCGCGCCGAGUUUGCAGAGAGAACGGUCGCCAAGCUGGAAAAGACGAUCGAUGACCUGGAAGGUAUGAGGCUGUUUGACGUGUGUGUGAUUUAAGUUGCUGAGUUAAUAUUAGGGUUUCUCUUGCUGUGCAUCUGUGGUUAGCCCCAGGAAAUACAUAUCUGCCCCCUGAGCUGUGGUCGGACUCUCAGCUCUGUGUGGUCAGGCUGAGAAUGAAGACCAGGAAGUCUUGGGGUGACUUCAGUCCCUGUACAGUGGUCCCUUGGUUCUCAAACUUAAUCCAUUCUGGAAGUCCGUUCCAAAACCAAAGCGUUCCAAAACCAAGGCGUGCUUUCCUGUAGUAAGUCAUGCAAAAUGGAUUAAUCCGUUCCAGACUUUUAAAAACAACCCCUAAAAUGGCAACUUAACAUGAACUUUACUAUCUAACAAGACCAUCUAUAAAAUAAAUAAGACAGUAUUGUAGAUGAUAAAAAUGAAACUUCUUUUUUUUCCUUCCCUCCACUGAUGAUGGUCAUUGUUUGCAUGGGGGGCUUUUAUUCAUUUCCACAGUCACACAAUCAAUCAUUAGCUGAACUGGGUUCCACACAGUCACAAAAACAAAUGAACCGAAAAAGCUUCAAAAACAAAAAUGCAAAAUAAGGAGCAAAUCGCCAAACUUAAUCCAUUCCGGAAGUCCAUGUGACUUCCGAAAUGUUCGGAAACCGAGGCUCAGCUUCUGAUUGGCGCAGGCGCCCCGGAAACAACAGCCGACAGCCGCAUCGGACGUUCGGCUUCCAAAAAUUGUUCGAAAACUGGAACACUUACUUCCAGGUUUUCGGAGUUUGAGAACCAAGGCGUUUGAGAACCACUGUAUUGUCCUUUUUGCAAAAUUACUGGGCUUUAACGUAGGUGGAAGUGUUUGGGACAAACUAAUGCCUCUCUUAUUGCUGAAAUCUUUCUGAAAAUCUCCUCUGAAAUGUUUCUCUAUCCUUCUGUGUUUAUUUUUUAACAUUCCCUUUCCUCCCUUCUCCCUUUUCUUCUCCUCUCGCUCUGUUUCUCUGUCCGGCAGACGAGCUGUAUGCUCAAAAGUUGAAGUACAAAGCGAUCAGCGAGGAGCUGGACCACGCUUUGAACGACAUGACUUCCUUGUAGGAAGAUAAAUCGAUCGCUGCGAUCUCUCUGCCAGCUCUCCUGUCCUGCCUAAGAACCUGCUGCCUCCGUGUGCCUUCUUCACAAGUUUCCCGGUCUUUCUUCCUGUCUUCCUUUUUUCUGUAAAAACUUGCUUCCAUUAAAAAAAACCUAGAGUUCUUGUAUUUCCUCUCUGCUUAUUCAUUUUCUCCAUUUCCUAUACAAAAGGCGUCUCUCCCUCUCGCUUGCUUCUCUAUUAUUAGACGGUUUUCUGAGGUCUAAGGUGGCUUAAUAGCUUAAAACAAUUCAAACAGAAAAGAAAGAUUUCACAGCACUCAGACGGACUAACUAGCCAAGCCGAAAGCUAGAGGCAAGAAAUGUCGAUUUGCUGUUCUGUUUUGUUCCUUGUUUUUUUCCUGUGUUUUAUUCUGCAAAUUGCCCUGAGAUCUUAUGAUGAAGGGCAGUAGACACAUCUAAUAGAUAAAUUAAAUAUUACACCACAGCGCUAUAUAUUUUGGGCUGUGGUUUUUACCUGAACUUCCACAUACCCUCAAGAAAGAUGCCUUGCUUCUAUCUGAGCCCAGUCCUUUUCGUAGCUUGCUGGAAAUAAUGGAUCUCAGAGACAAAUAGUCUUCUCCAUCUAGCCAAUUGUCCGGGGUGGUGGUGGUGCGAAUUACAGUGCAACAUCUGGGGGGGCACAGCUGGUUUCCUUCAGUUGCCUUAAAACAUAUGCACCAGGCGUAAGAAAAGCGCUUGCCUGGGGAAAAGCUUAUUCAGAGGGGUGGCUGCCUUGAUAAAAAACCCACAACAGGAGAUUGGUUGCAACUAGAAUAGAGCCGUCCUAAUCAGACAUGCCCCUUGAACGGGCGUCUCAAAAUAAACUUGUCUCCCAUUCAUUCUCAUCAGAAAAAGUUGCCCAGGCGAAAGAAGAGAACCUGACUUUGCACCGGACGCUGGAUCAGACCCUCAGCGAGCUCGGCAGCAUAUAACUCCGCGCCGGAAAAAUCACCCGGACUUCGGGAAGCCAAGAGGAUCCUGCCAAAAAUAGCGGCUUCCUCUUUGAAUCCACUUCUUUUCUCCUGCUUUCUCUCUCUCGUCUUCCCCACCUUUCAGAUCACACAAAAUGCCAACCUUCUCUUAUCCUCCCUCUUUCCCCCUUUAAGCAUUGAGGUUUUGGGCACCAACUGAAUGUAGUUUUUUUUGUUUGUUCGUAAUCCUCUGCGGCAGAACGUUGCGAAACCGGGAAAGCUGUGCGCCAAGGCAUCCGUUUCCCGCAGGGCUGCUCCGAAGGUGCUAACUUCUCUUGAUAACUGGAAACGCACGUGUUUUGUGCAAAACCGAGCAGGGAGCACGGGCCCAGUUGAGGUGACAGGGAAACGGAGCUAUUGGCGGUAGUUAGCGUCAUUUUCUUAGCUGCCGUUUCUUACUGCAAUCGCAAGACCGCAGAAAACUCUCUUGCAGAAGCGCAAAGUUUAUGCAGAAAGCCUGCAACGUUCCGCCGGAAGACGGCUUUCUUUCGCAGUCUUCCUCGUUUACAGAAAGUUCGUAAAACUAGAAGCUUACACAUUCCAUAGGAAGGCUAGACGUACUGGCUUCCUAGUUUACAGAGCUGUGCCAAAAUACUAUUUCUUUGUGUGUGUGUUUCAUCUCCUUGAACAUCUUGAGAAGCAGACCAAAAAAAGCAGAAGGCAUUUCCCGUUGGCCAAUCUUAGGGUGCUCUGACGGGGAAACUUCUGCACUUCUGUAUUUAUUAAUUUUUUUGCAAGGAGGGUGGAAGGAAGGGAAACGGGCAACAUGAAUUCAACCACCCAAUCCCUCGAUAUGUAUCCUGUUAACAUGGCAAUAGCUUUUUUUUUAUUUUUAAGCUUUCAGUCUAAUAAUAAAACCUUUCUCCCCCCCUAUACACAUUUCCACUUUGUGGGGCAUUUCUUAACAUAAUGAAUCGGGGCCGGAUGUGGGUUUGAUGAAGCCCUAAGCUACUGAAGGCAAUGGGGCCCUUUUAUGUCCAGCUGUCCUUUGUCGACAACAAAUUGUCACUGUUUUUGUGUGUUAAAUAUAUGCUAGAUGGUCAUUGAUGGACCCAAUAGGUAUCGCAAGCCAUUUGCACAUAUUGCCAUGUAACCAGUCCAUGCAGAAUGUCGGCACCCUAUAUAUAGAAAGGAGCAAACCAGUGAUAUUUUAGGGAGCAGGCGGGGUCCAUGACUUACACCAUAGGAGCCUACACAACACAAAACGCUGUUGCUGUAUGUAGGUUUAAUUUUGUUUUCUAUCUUAUAUUUUGGAAAUGUACAUCCAGGUUUUUUGGGGCCCCCAAGCUAGAGCUUGUUUAGCUUAUACGUAAAUUUGGCACUGUAAUGAAUAUGGAUUUAGUGCUGAAAUCGUACCAUAGGGCACAGGAGGUUGGGGUUGGGAAUAAGAAGCGCUCCAUUCCCUGAAUCGGACAGGGAGCAGCAGCGGUGUUCAGGGGAAUGACAAACCGCUUGCUUGGUUUUUUUUGAAACUCUGGCGAGUUUAAGACUUCCAGCCGGCCAGAUCAGCUGCAAAACGAGCGGAGGAAUGCUUCUUUGGCAUUUCAGACUCUUUCUAGGUCAUCGGCAAAUGCGUUUUGGUGGGGAGAUGGGAGGAGAGGCUCUGCUGAUCGCAUCAGAAGGUGGUUCCCACCCAGUGGGGUUGGCAUUGCUGCUGCUGGAAAGUAUUUUCUGUGGGAAGUGUGAGAGACUUGAGAAAUGAUUCCCAAAUGCUGGCUAUCUUCAGGCAAAUAAACGCUGCCGUAGCUGCUGCCUAGCACAGCCUCCCUGGGGGAAAAGGGAUCCCUGAUUUGUGUCCUGCUUUUCACGGUUCCACUUACUGAAUAGUGUCAACAAGGCCCUUAUUGACUUUCGGAAGGCUCAGACAAGAAUAAAACCACACCUGGCUUCGAUUUGGAGGCAGCUGUCUGAGCCUGAGAAACAGGAGGAAGGAAAAGACAUGGAUGGGGGCCCUUGAACUAAAAUCAGAAGCCAGAAAGUUGGUGCAUUCUUCUGUUUUCUUUUUUUGAAGUGUUAACACUUUUUAUAAAAUGGAUUGAGGGGCUCCUGUGUCUGUUUCCUUUAGCCUCUGUCCUUUUCAAACAUGCAAGCUAGUUUGUGUGUUUCAGGACAAGGCUGAUGUUGACUUAGCCACACCUGAAGCUGGCUGUGCCCAAACUUGGGUCACUUUCACGUUUAAGAACUGCAACGAGGAUAGGUUUGUGUAAAAGGAGUCGUUUGCCUUUUGCUCAAAAAUACGUUCGUUCGCCUCUGUGGACAGAGAGACGCUGUUUUUCUGUAUUUUUAAUUUUCUUCGGGAGCAGUUUUGGUUUUUAAAUGUUUAACGAGUCCCCGUGUGCUGGGCUUUCCUAGUCAAGUGCCGAGAGGAGGAAAAGUAAAGCAUUUUGAUUGUUGGUUUAAUGAAAACGAUGCAAAUAGGCGUUAUAUGUCUUGGCAGCUGUCACUAGUCAUGUUCUAGGAGGAAGGGGAAACGCCCUCAAAUGCAGGGCAGCAGUCAGGAGAAGGAGAACCGAUGAGCUGGCGGUAAAUAAAGCAAAACACAUUAACCGUUUAGUCACAGAAUCCUGAUC